AUGUCGCAGGACCUGAUUGCUCAGCUUACUGCUGUGGCCGUCAAGCUUGAGGGGUGUGCCAAUAGGUUGCAGGAAAGUAUCAAAAAGAAGAAGUCCAAAAAUAAGCACUAUCGAGAAGUGAUCGAAGAGGUGAACAGACUGACCGCUUUGGCCAGGGACCGCUUAGAACUAGGAAGGGCUUUGGUCAAAGCGUCUGAGAAGGCAGGCAAGGCAAAGCCUAAGGCAAAAGCCAGCCCUGCAUCAUCAGCCAACUCAGCCAAAGCAUAG